UGUCCUCCUGCCCUGGCUUGGAGCGCCCCUGGUCUUGAUCUUGCAACCACCCAAAGCCAGGGCAGCAGGACAUCAGUCUCCAGCGACACGGCGCGCCGUCGCACAGACGCGUCGACGCACAGAAUUCCGCCGAGCCCGAUCAAGCGACCGCCACAGUUUGUGUGGGAGGGCCGGUGCUGCGCGGGAUCGCUUCUUUUGCUCGCUUCUUCCCUUUGCAUUGGCGUCGGCAGCGCCGUUCUCAGUCGAGCAUCUGUCGAGCAUCUGGCCUGCAUCUGGCCUCGCGCUGUCUCGCCAUCUUCGUCGUCUCGAUCCCCGGGCGAUCCCCAUAAUCAAGCACCACCACCACUCCAUCCACGCUCUGCCGCCAUGGCUUUCCAGUGGUCCUCCAAAAACCAGGCCCAAAACGGCGUCGAAGACAUGGUCCUGCUUUCAAAGGUGACCGACGACCAAAUUACCGAUAACCUCAAGAAGCGAUUCAUGACCGACCUGAUGUACACCUAUAUCGGUUCGUCCCUCGUCGUCUUCAAUCCAUACAAGAAGCUCGGCUACUUCACUGAGAAAGAAAUUGACAUCUACCACGGUUCGGCCGCCUACGAGAACCCACCCCACAUCUAUGCCUUGGCAGACAAAAUGUUCCAGUCCAUGGUGACCGACGAAGAAAACCAAUGCGUUAUCAUCAGUGGCGAAAGUGGAGCAGGCAAGACCGAAUCGGCCAAGCUCAUCAUGAACUACAUCGCCGCCGUCUCUGGAAAAGGCGGCAGCAUGAACACUUUGGUCGAGAACAUCAAACAGAUCAUCCUCGAAUCCAACCCGUUGCUAGAAUCGUUUGGAAAUGCCAAGACUCUGCGCAACAACAACUCGAGUCGCUUUGGCAAAUACUUCGAGAUCAACUUUAGUCGUGGAGGCGCUCCUGUCGGUGGAAAAAUCUCAAAUUUUCUCCUUGAGAAGUCCAGGGUCGUCGGCCCCGGUGUCGGCGAAAGGAACUUUCACAUCUUCUAUCAGAUCACCAUGGCAACGACUGGACAGCUCAAGGAGAAUCUCGGCAUGACCGACCCCAACUACUUUCAUUAUCUCAAUGCCUCACGAGAGUACAAGGCCGAUGGUAUCGAUGACAAGCAAGAGUUUGAGGACAUGAAGAGAGCCAUGGAGGUCUGCAACAUCAGCAAGCAGGAUCAGAGCUCGAUUUUUGAGAUCUUGGCUGGGAUCCUGCAUCUUGGCAACGUUGAUUUUACCGAGGAAGGCAAUAACGCCGCGAUCGCUGACGCUCAGACACUUGAGUUUCCAGCGUACCUGCUGGGCGUCGACUCCAAGCUUCUUGAGGGCAAGCUACUGAGUCGUCUUAUGACAACCGGCGGAUUCGGCCGAAGAAGCUCGGAGUAUAACGUUCCCUUGAAUGCCCAACAAGCUCAAGGAACCCGCGAUGCCUUGGCCAAGGCUCUGUACAGCCGUCUUUUCGACUGGAUUAUCGCGGCUGUCAACUCUGCCCUCGCCACGGUCAGCGCCGGUGCCUCAAAACAGUCUCUUUGUCUCGGUGUUCUGGACAUCUUUGGCUUUGAGAUCUUUGAGAAAAACGGAUUCGAGCAGUUCUGCAUCAACUACGUCAACGAGCGUCUCCAGCAAAUCUUCAUUGAGCUGACCCUCAAGUCAGAGCAGGAAGAGUAUAUGCGUGAAGGAAUCCAGUGGACCCCGAUCGAAUACUUCAACAACAAGGUCGUCGUUGAUCUGAUCGAGAGCAAGAGACCCCCCGGUGUCAUGGCGAUUCUGGACGACGUGUGCUUUACCAUGCACGCUGUUGCCGAAGGUGCCGAUCAGACCUUUGUCCAGAAACUCGACGGCGCGGUUUCCCAGAACAGACACUAUCAAGGCAUGCAACAGCACUUUGUCAUCAAGCACUAUGCAGGCGAUGUCACCUACGACUGCGCCGGCUUUACGGAGGCCAACAAAGACACGCUGUUCAAGGAUCUGGUGCAGCUGAUGAAGUCCACCAAUAAACCUUUUAUUCGCAACCUCUUCCCGGAAGAGUAUGAGGACAACGAUCGCAAGCGUCCCACGACCGUAUCGUUCAAGAUCAGGAACCAAUGCCAGGAGCUUGUAGAGACUCUGAUGAAGUGUACGCCCUCCUAUGUGCGUUGCAUCAAACCUAACGAAACGAAACGAAGCCACGACUGGGACGCCCGGCGUGUCGAGCACCAAGUGCGCUAUCUCAACCUCAAGGAGAAUAUCAAGGUCCGCCGUGCUGGCUUCUGCUACCGCAACACCUUCCAGAAAUUCCUCAAGCGAUUUGCCAUCUUGACACCGGAGACCUUCCCCGCAUGGAGCGGCAAUCCCCACGAUGGCAUCAAGCUGAUCAUGAACAGCGUCAACAUGGAUGCCAAAGAGUGGCAGCUCGGUGCCGCCAAGGUCUUUAUCAAGUCUCCCGAGUCCUUGUUCCUGCUUGAAGAACAGCGCGACCGCAAAUACCACUCCUAUGCGAUUGUUAUCCAGCGCGCCUAUCGCCGGUGGAAGUCGCGAAAGUAUUUCUUGGAGAUGCGCAAGAAGGCGGCCGAGGUCGUCUACGGCAAGAAGGAGCGAAAGCGCUUCUCGGUCAAUCGCGAGUUCCUCGGUGACUACCUUGGCUACUUGAGCAACUCGAUUCUUAAGGCCCUCGUUGGCAAAAACGAGAAGGUUUUCUUUGCCGACUUUGUCCAAAAGUAUGAUCGCAAGUUCAAGCCAACCCAGCGCGAGUUUAUCAUCACCGAGAAUUCGAUUUUCAUCAUCGGUGUCGAGAAGCAGGCUUCUGGUCCCAACAAGGGAAAGAUGCUCAAGGUCGUCAAGCGCAAGAUCGAGUUCAAUGAGAUCGGCUCGGUGUCCUUGAGCACCAAGAACGACGACUUUUUCGUGGUCCACAUCCCCAAGGAAUAUGACAAUGUUCUCGAAAACCUCUUCAAGACAGAACUCAUCACGGUGCUGAGUGAAAAGUAUGAGCUUCAUCUAAAACGCCCGCUCAAGAUCGAUUUUGUGGACAGCAUCAAGUACUCCGUCAAGAAAACUACCUGGCAGGCUGGAGGCUUCCAAGAGCUCAAGUUCAUCGCCGACAGCACCGCAAAGCAGCCCUUGAUCAAGCAUAGUGGCAAGACCACCGAGAUUCGAGUCGCCCCUGGCAUGCCCAAGGACUCGCGCCCCAAUGCAUCUACGCUGAUGCAGCGCGAGACCCGCCGUCCUCAGGCCCAGUCGAGCGCGCCGGCCAACCGUUUUGCCAAUGCGGCGCAGGCUGCCAGCAAAUUCACGCCGCCUGCUGCCGCUGCCGCGACUUCUUCCCUCGCUCAGAGUGGCCGCGCGGCCUCAAACAAUGCUGUCCGCGCAGGAGGAUCGCCCCCCUCGAGCAACUCGGGAUCGGCUGCAAACUUGGCAAACGCCGCGGCAGCCAAGCGCAAGCCCCCGCCCGUGCCUCCCGCCAAGAAACUGCCGACCUGCCGCGCCCUCUAUGACUAUGAUGCCACCGAAGCGGACGAGCUUUCAUUCAAGGCCGGAGACACCAUCACAAUCAUCAACUCAGACGAUCCUGGGUGGUGGACUGGCAACCUGAACGGCAAGCGUGGCCUGUUCCCUAUGAAUUAUGUGGAGAAGCUUGCUUGAAGGCUGUGAGUGCCCUCGGGAUUCCCGUUUCCUCCCUCUCCAAAUGUCUCAGUCGCGGAUAUCCGCCAGCUCAACAUUGGACAGGAUUUGAAUGCCCCAUCGUCUUCCCUCUCCGUCAUCCUUGUCGUUGUAUUAAUGGCUUGAUCACUCGCGCUCCCUGUCCAGCAACUUUGAUCUGCGCUGGUUCAGCCCACUUGUUGUGCUCCUUUCCUUUCCCUUCCCUCCUGCCAUGUUGAUAGAUGGCGCUCUCGAACGCGACCAAAAUACAGAGAUGGGCCUCAUUUCCUUCCA